CGAGUGCCGAUAUGCGAGUACAAUCCAGCGAUUAAUUACGUUUCCUUACGUCCAAAAUGAGUAACGUAGUGUAACAAGUUACGCGAAAAUGAGUAAUGAGUAACGCAGAAUGAGUACAUCAAAUGUGUAGCGAGUAAAAAUCCAGCGAAUGCCACAAACAGCGAGUUGGACAAAAAUUAAAUUACUUGAAUUUAAAUUAUUUUAAGACAAAGAUUAAAAUUAAUAUCAUGACUGAGCCGCAACCACCGAAGACCAAAAGGCAUUUAUUUCCUGUGCCACUUGACUUGCAUUGCUUUAAUGAGCCAUUCAAUCAGCCUUUUCCAAUAAUGACCCGGCCAAAAUGUACUGGAUUCUUCUCCAUUAACGGGAAACGAGAGUAUCAGGAUAAUGCUGAGAAUUUGGGAUAUUUGCACAUGCCGAAAAACCUGCCCCUGGAUCUGAAUGCCGGCGUAGACACUGUGAUACGGAAGCAGGGAGAUCCCCCCUACCAUGACAUGCAUAUGAUGUGUAGAUAUAUUUACAAUCAUCAGGGUGAAGUCCUCAAACCAUUCGGUGGCGGUAAGACGGGGGCUCGAUGCUUGGAUGCCGAUUUUGUGACACUCCGAGGAGCGCUUCGUUUCAUUAUGUGCAUGCCCUAUGAAGACGCUAAGGAUUUCCGUUUGCAUGCCGUUCGCAUGAACAACAAUAUUUACAUGGUCAAAGUGGAGACGGAACAACAGAAGCUAGAGCGUGAGGGGAUGAGUGCUACUAAUCUGAAAAUGUGCUCGUGGGGCUUCAAGUUCGAACAGUAUUUGACUUCAUCGAAGCCCACAGAGAAACCCAAAACCGAUGUUCCUGUCAAUGAGUGUGAGGAAUUUAUAAGUAUGUUUAAGUGCAAAUUCGCUGGUUCGACUUUGCUCUAUGGAGCCGAAAUGGAUUGCAUUGAAACUUCACAAGAAGUCAAUUUAAACGAUGCAAAAGUCUUGCGUUCUUUGAAAUUUGUUGAACUCAAAACCAGUUUUCAGAGAAUGAGUCCUCGUCAAAAGAGUAACUUUGAGCUCUACAAAUCAUCGGUAUGGUGGAGUCAAUCAUUCCUGGUGGGCAUCUCAACGAUAUACUCUGGCCUGCGUGAUCAAUAUGGUUUUGUGCAAGAUAUAAAAGCAUACAACGUCAGAGAUCUCGCCCGUAAUAAGCCUUGGAGUCCAAAUGCCAUGGGCGUUUUUCUAAAAGAAUUUCUACAUCAACUGAAACGUGUGUUGGAAGACAUCGAUGAUUCUUAUACUAUUGUUCAAAUUGAUUACAAUCCAAGUGAGAAGAAAGUUUUCUAUACGAAAAUACAAAAUGAUGAUCGGGUUAAUCAAAUUCUUCCCGAUUGGUAUCGACUUCUCCUUAGCGAUAUGCCAAAAAAAAAAAUUAAACAUUAAUUACAUUAUUUUCUGUGAUACACAAAUUACAUAGUACAAAUGACACACAUACACAUAAGAGUAUAUUAAGAGAGAGCUGUUGGAAGAAGGUUGAGUCGAGUUCACUAUAUAAAUUGCAUUUAAACCCCGGUAAACACUCGCCUCAAGGGCCACAUCAGUUCUUAGUUUUAACCGCUAUGCUUGCAUCUCUGUUUUAAUAUAUACAUAUUUAGAUGUACAUACACAUAUACACAAUUGAAAUGAGAAGACUAAACACGUUAUACGUAAAUAGAUUUAUAAAAUUUAAA